AUGAAAGAAGCGUGGAGAUUCAUGACUUGGUUAAAGCUCUGUCGCAUGGUGAUGUUUGUGGUGGUGGUGUCUUUAUUCCCGUUGAGCAUGAAACACGCUCAGUGUUCGACUCUGAACAGCGAAGGGUUGGCGUUGCAAAGGAUGAAGGAGAGGGUGGUGAGAGACCCAUCAGGGGCUUUAUCGAGUUGGAAUGGCGAAGAAGGAGUCAUUGAUCCAUGCUUGUGGUUUGGAGUGGAGUGCUUCAAUGGCAAUGUUGUCACCUUGGAUUUGAAAGAUCUAUGUCUUCACGGAACACUAGCACCUGAAAUUGGGAAGCUGGUUCACAUAAAAUCAAUCAUUUUGCGAAACAAUUCUUUCUUCGGAGAUAUCCCUAAGGAGAUACUACAAUUAGAGGAACUGGAAGUUCUUGAUUUGGGAUAUAACAACUUUAGUGGAUCAUUUCCUUCUGAUGACCUUGGCAACAAUCUAUCCCUGACCACCCUUUUAUUGGACAACAAUGACUAUCUUGUCAACUUAACUCCAGAAGUGUAUAAUCUUAAGAUGAUUUCUGAAUUGCAUGUACAUGAAGAACAACUAACUGGUGUUGCACCCACUAGAGAAGCAUGUAUUUUGCUUUCUGCUUGUGACAGGCACAUUGGCCAGCAUGGAGAUAUAGUAGCACACAUGCGGCAACUUCUCCAAGUUGAAAAUGCUGCUAACUCACCCAAAACUAAGAAGGAUGAUAAUAAAGAGACUAUUUCACCAUCACCAUCAUCUUUUCCCACUUCAUUAUCACCAGUUUCUGAGCCUUUCUCACCAUCACCAUCAAUAGUUUCACCAUCAGAAAGUCCUUCAAAUUCACCAACAACAUCAUUUUUUCCCUCACCACUAAGAUCUCCUAUAGUUUCCCCUUCACCAUCACCCUCUCCCUCCAGUAUCUUUUUCACUUUUCCACCCUCACCUUCACCUGUGGUAGCACCAACUCCAGACAUAACAUCUCCAGCAAAUCCACCUACUAUUGCAUCAACACCAUCACAUUCCCCUGCUUCAUCAUCAAACCAAGGGAAUUCAAACAGUUCAAACCCAAAGCAUCAUUCUGUGAUUAUUUGGUCCACAGUUGGGAGCUUCUCCUUCUUGAUUUUGGUGUCUGCCAUUUUCCUUUGCUUCAGAAAUAAUAAAGUUGUAACUGUGAAACCUUGGGCCACAGGGUUGAGUGGCCAGUUGCAGAGAGCAUUUGUAACAGGUGUUCCAAGUCUGAAACGAGCAGAACUAGAAGCAGCUUGUGAAGAUUUCAGCAACAUAAUUGGUUCUCAGCCAGAGGGGACUGUUUAUAAGGGGACUCUCUCCAGUGGAGUUGAGAUAGCUGUAGCAUCCUCUGCAGUGACUUCAUCUCAAAACUGGUCAAAAGAUAUGGAAGCUCAAUUCCGAAAGAAGAUAGAGGUAUUAUCAAGGGUGAACCACAAGAAUUUUGUGAAUCUUAUUGGGUAUUGUGAAGAGAAAAAGCCAUUCACAAGGAUGAUGGUUUUUGAGUAUGCUCCAAAUGGAACGCUAUUUGAGCAUCUACACAUUAGAGAAGCAGAACAACUAGACUGGGUAAUGAGAAUGAGGAUAGCUAUGGGAAUAGCCUACUGUCUGGAGCACUUGCAUCAGCUGACACCACCCAUUGCCCACAGAAACCUGCUAUCUUCCUCUAUAUACCUGACUGAAGAUUAUGCUGCUAAAUUAUCGGACCUUAGUUUCUGGGAUGACAUAGUUGCUGCAAAGAAGGGUUCUGAAGCCACACAGCUCUUGGAAACAACUUCAGCAUAUAUAGAGGGAAAUGUUUAUAGUUUUGGAGUAAUAUUGUUUGAAUUGAUAACAGGGAGAAUCCCCUAUGCAGUGGACAAUGGCUUUCUUUUUGAUUGGGCAGCAGAAUACAUAAGGGGGCAACCCUUGAGGGACUUGGUGGAUACAAGUCUGAACUCUUUGCAAGCACAUGAAAUUGACAAAUGGUCUGAAGUGAUUAACAACUGUGUACAUCCAGAUCCAGAAAAAAGGCCAACUAUGAGAGAGGUCACUGCUAAGUUGAAGGAAAUCACUGCUAUGGAGCCUGAUGGAGCAGCUCCAAAAUCAUCCCCUCUUUGGUGGGCUGAGUUAGAAAUUAUGUCAACUGAUUUAAGUUCAGACAUGAAUCCAUAACCCCAAACAACAU